ACCCGAGCCGCAACCAGUUCGACCAAAAGCAAAGCAUCCCUCCAAACAGCUCCCCCCAUCACAUCGCUACGACUCCAAAUCCACAAAUAUACAUCGAUAGAUAUCUCCGGCGAGUCUAUCCCCUAACUACCCCCUCUCAAUACCCCUCCAUUCAUCCAAAAUGGGCUGGCUCCCUUGGUCCUCCGAUUCCGACUCCCCCAAAGCUUCCGACGGCGGCCGCAUCGCACCUGACCGGACCUCUCGUCAACGAUGUUGGGAAGGCCGAGACCUCUUCUUCACCUGCUUGGAUAACAACGAUAUCUUGGAUGCUAUCAAGGAUGACAAGGGGGCGCGAAACAAGUGUGGGAAAGAGAUUGCGGAGUUUGAAACAGCGUGUUCUAGAGCUUGGGUGAAAUAUUUCAAGGAAAAGCGGGUUAUGGAAUACAACCGGGAUAAGACGAUCGAGCGGAUCAAGAAGGAAGAUGCGGAGAAGCUCGCGGACUUGAGAUCGCAAGGUCGCAAGUGA